AUGUCAUCAGCCAGUGAGCUGUGGAAGCGGUUGACGAAGACUGACGAGGCUGCGCCCUCCAACCCCCCCAUACGCCUUCCGAUGCCCAACUGGGUGUCGUGGCAAGAACCUGCCAUGCUGGGCCAGGCUGGGGCGCUAAGGCCAGGCCGUCAGAGAGAACCGAGCAAUGCGCCUCGCGGAGCCAGAAUGACGAGCGCCGAUCUUCAGCUCACACUGCAGGGGUCGAAGGAAGCUUCCUUCCCUCCACGCUCUCAACGCUUGAGGUCAGUGUACGCCAGUGUCUCCAUUGCUACUCAUCUUUUGCAAGUCCGCCGCAUCACAGCACACUCCAGCUACGACGAAGCACACCAGAACUUCGGCUCGGCCAAUCGCUGUCAUUCCAAGUCCCGCCACAACCAUCCAAACGAAGAUGAGAGGUGCGACGUCCCCCACGGAGUCGAAUCGGAGGAAGGCGUGGUGUACCGCUCCAAUCCCGCCUUGCUGGCCUUCGGCCGGCGGCUAGUUGUGAGGUAUGCCAGUGUUGCGGACCUGACAAGAGACCCAUCGCACAGAUCCCGCCAAGGUCCAGGCCGAUACUUAGAGGGCCGAGGGAGCAGCCCCCGCCUGUGGGUCCCGCCCGAGGAGGACAGCGUGUCCGACGCUGACAAGCUGUCAGCCCGUGAAGCGGCCCUUCUUCUGACUGUUGAGUUCUUCGCCCCUGCCCAUUCUCCGUUUACCCCGCAAACAGGGAGGAGUGGGACAGUCCUUCUCGCCCCAGCCGGCUUCGUCAUUCGCCCCCACGGUAAGCCUGAAGAUGGCUUCCCUCUGGGCCCUAAGGCCGUCCGCGCUAUCCACGAGCGCGAGGUGUGGCGGUCACUCGCCAUCGAGACGCCCAACAUUCCCGAGACGCUGACGUUCAAGCCCGGAGGCGUGACGCAUCCGUUCUCUGUUCAGCACGCGAAUCGCACCUUGCGCAGACUGCCGUCGCUCUUCGCGCAGACGCCCACGCACCUCCUGCAGGACACAGUCGAGGCCGUUGCGGAAUCGGCGACCGCUGUCCUCCUCUCCAGAGGAAACAUUUCCACUCGUGCGUCGUCGGUCGAGGAAGGGCUUCGAGCCAGGCCUGGUGUCGGCGAGGCUGUCGUCAUCGCCGUCCCCUAUGCGGACGGGCAGGCCGUGUUCGCUUUCUCUGUCCGUAGCCAGUUCCGCAAGAACAUCAAGAAGAUCGGCUACCACAGGCCGACAGUCGAUUAUGAGGAGCGUCUUGGCAAGCAGAUCAAAGAGGCGCUAGGCUCGUACAGCACCCUUGGUGGACGAGCUGAGUCGAUUGAGGUUGCUGCGACUUCGUCACUUGCUGGGGUCAAGAACCACUCACCAUACUACUGA